AUAAAUAUUACAAUUUCUUGUUAUCCCUGCCAUUAUUUUUUUAAAAACGCUACCAAGACAUUGCGCUCGCUCCGGUCUCUGAGGCGAAUUUGCUUCUAGCUGUGCGGAUGGUGGAGCUUGGCAGUUAAUUAAUUUGAAAAUAUUUUCCACGUGUGAAAUUUAUUUUCUUAUCGAGUUUCGAAAUUUUUGAACACGACUUGAUGACAUAUGAAAAGUUACUAAAAGUGAAAUGGUUUUCGUUAAUGGCCUCUGGAAUCAUUUUAGCAUUAAAUGCUAACCGUUGCCUGCAAAAAGUUUUUGCAAGUAAAAAUUACAACUGGCAAUUAGAAGUUUUCAAAGCAACAAUUCUGAAACCGAAAACUUUUCACGAGGCAGUAAUUUAGGAGGAAUCCGGAGAGUUGUGUUAAAAAGUCCCUUGAUUGAUUUGAAAACCAAGGGGAUACUCUUUGUUGAUUUAUUAGAGUUUUAAUACUCUUCGUGCGAAUUUACUUCAGUUUUACAACAAAUUUUUCAUCAUAAACAUAUUAAAUUGAAAAGACAGACGAUAGCCCAGCACGUGCUCUUUUAUCAAGAUGAUGAUGAUGGCGGAUUAUCGGAGUUGCCGUUAUGAACCAAGCCACCAGAACUACGCUGGACAUCCAUUGGUAGCAGGCGAAAUGCCAGAGGGGCGUCAUUUGACGGAUUUAUCUUAUACCAAUUCAUCGGGGAACCCCGAUUACUAUUCUUCCACCAACGUAACAUUUCACCGCCAUUUCGAACGUCCCUACAGCUCCGAAAUGUAUCCUUACCAAUCAACCAAUAUUCCCUCUAGGACAUUUUUCACUCCUCUGCAGCCUUCGUCAGGUGAACUGGGUGUAAAAUCCGAGUUUUGUUCUCCGACGAAAGAUCAACGUCCAUAUUCUGAAAUGAAGGAUGCCAAAACUGAACACGAGAUUGAGCGUGAAGCUAAGCUGAUAAAAGGUGAAUCGUUUGAAAACUGUAUUGAAAAGCAUACUUCCGAGUGUGAUUCCCCGGGUAAGGAAGAUUCUCUGGAUAGGGAUAGCCUUGGAUCCGACGACGGGGAUGACCAUGUCCCCCAUGUCUUAGCGCCGGGAUUUCACGGACCAAACCGGCGGUGUCUUCUCUGGGCUUGUAAGGCCUGUAAAAGAAAAACAGUCACCAUUGAUCGACGAAAAGCAGCGACAAUGAGGGAGAGACGAAGGCUUCGGAAAGUGAAUGAAGCGUUUGAAACAUUGAAACGGCGGACUUGUCCGAAUCCGAAUCAAAGACUACCGAAAGUAGAAAUAUUACGCAACGCUAUAGAAUAUAUCGAAAGUCUAGAAGAAUUGUUGCACGGCAAUAGAAUUCCCCGGAAUGAUGACCACGUUAAUGAUACAGGUUCUACCAGCGGUAGCUCGGAUUACAUGACUGUGAAUAGCCCGCAGUACUAUGACAAACUUCACCACAUAGGGGACGUACAUAACGGUUACAGCCAUGGAAAUGGUUAUGACCAUCACCAUCAAUUAUCUGCGCAGACGCAGCAGCAACCACUUAACGGAAGUGUUUCCAGUCUAGACUGUCUUUCUUUGAUUGUGGAGAGCAUCAGUCCUAAGACUUCCGCCGGAUUGAUGACUGGAAUAUCUCCUCCAGAGCGUCCUCUGUAAAUUUCGAGAGAGACCAAUGGCUAUCGUGUCUAGCAUUAUAACUUGUUGUGCCUUGGGUGGUGUGUUACAGCGUCACUCACGACAUAUAUUUGUGACAAUGAAUACGAUGCUAUACAUGCAGGUCUAGAUGCAGCCUUGUUGCCUCUUCUCGAUUCGGUGCAUUACGUGGCAGCUGUAAAAGACUUUUGAAAACUAGGGUUGUCAUGAUAUGCUCUAUACCAUGUACGUUGCUUUCAAGACAAAGCAGUUGAAGACAAUUCCUUCGAAUUUGUUUGUGGUUUUUAUUUUACAAACUCGACAACAUGCAUACAUGUGAAUUGAUGCUAGCUGAUUAUCGCCAAAUCCAUUUACAAAGAAGGAAGAAGCAUCAGCUAAUUUCUCUAGAGUUAACAGUUGAUGUCCGCAGAUGAGUUACGUAAGAGGAAGGGGAAGAAUUAAUUCAAUAUAUAUUUUCCUAAUCGAAAUCACAUUGCCCUUAGCGCAUUCUUCGAAAUAUGUUUUAAAAAAUUUAAUGAUCCUAAAUUUGUAACCGUGAACUUUGUGUGCGAGAGUUUACCUACUUCAGUUGUGUAUGAACUGUCCUUUCCUCUUAUUUUAGUUAAUGUGAAGUGUUACGUUUCAUAAUGAUAACAAUUGAUAUUAUAUUAGGCAGCAUGGCAAUCAGAAAGCAUUAUGACGGGACGGUAUGCAUACAAUAUACAGAUGUAAUAUAUGUAUAUAGAUAUUUUGAUAACUGAUCAAUUUAUCAAGUAUUGUAUUUUUACGAUAUGAAAUAAAUAGUACAAAAUAAA